GCUAGUGUCAUGCUCGUUCUGUGCUAGUUUAUGAAAAGCUUCUAUGAACAUUUGGCUCGCGGGCAUAGUGCUAGUUUGGCUCUCAACUGGGCUAUGAAAUGUCUCCGAGAGUCAGAGAAGCAUUGUGCCGUGAAACGUUGGGCCCCGUUUAUCCUCAUUGGCGAUGACGUUACGAUAGAAUUCGGACAAAAUCAGUAAGAAUAUUUUGUGUACCCUUUACUUUCGGUUGACUUAUGUUUGAUUACUGAUUUGGGCAAAAGUUUGCAUUGAAAGAAACGUAACUUUGCUUUUAGAUUUGCGUCCAAUAUCGUCUCAGCAAAGGCGGAUAUGUUACCUUAGCCUGUGCGUCAGAAAAGUUUACAUAAUAUGGUCAUCACGCGCUUGGCCGUUAAACUGCUCGCACCAAAUUGUUAGAGAAUAAAAAUUCAAGCCAGAGUGUAUUCAAUUAAGUUACUCAUUCAUUAUUGAAUUGCUAAAGGAAAACUUGCUUUUGGUGCAGGGUAAUAUAAUCGUGUGAUAUUUGGUGUGAUAUUUCAUAGCAUUAAAAAGGUUACUCUAUUUUCUAUUUCAUUUCUGCUAAAAUUGCACUAUUCCCUAAUAUCAUGUUAUUAAACUUGAGUUUAAUCAUAUUCAUCGGACACCAUCAUUUCGUGAUCUUUCAUUUGUAUUCACUCAGUUGCUAUGGUUUAUUUUCUCUUGACGUAGGUCGAGUUAAUGAAAUAAUCUGAUGAUUAGUUUUUGGAAGCGAUCUUCCUGGAAAUAACCAUUUGGGACUCUUUCACUUGUCGGGAUUUUGUUGUGUAAUUUUUCGGUCAAAUCUUGGUCAUUUUGUCGAACUUUUUGGACAUCGAAAUACGGUGGUUUAAUUGAAAUUUACUGACGCCUUGCACGCUUCGCCUAAGAUACAAACAAACUUUUCGUUGCCGCUAAUACAUGGUGUUAAUCCUUGAAUAUGAAAUUAAGCUUGAAUACACGAAGAGAUAAUGAUAUGGAAUAGGUGGGUUUAUGGUUCGGUGGAGACCAACCCACGAAGUCGGAGUCAUGUAAUCUUCUUCUUGUGACACUUAUGUUGUAAGAUAUAAUUAACAACAACUUUUCUUUUAAACUUAGCGAUAUCUUUAACUUUUAAUCGAUAAAAUCCAAGCUUGUAACUUUUAUGUUGUUCACGUUACCUUAUUUUGGUCAACCACUUAGGAAUAGUUGGUUUAAAAUCAAGGUAAAAAUGUUUUAGUCAAGCUUGAUAACUCGAAGGGAAAUAUGCUAAUUAGCGUUGUGCGCAGUCGCAGUGUAGCUUGAAAUAACUGCGCAUGACGAAGCGUAAGCCUGAAAUAACAGUUUAACAUUGAUUUCAUGGAUGAUGUGGUUGUCCCUUUAAAGGAACGUGACGAGUUACAACCUGUUGCAAAAAGACUUGAGACAUUGUACCUAAUUUGAACGUCAAGGGUACCUACAAGGUCCUCGCGUUUUAGACCCCCCCUCUCCCUUCUGAAAGUUGGUCACAAUAGGAG